GGCUCGUGGCGCUCUCCAGCCAAUCAGUGACGCGUCAUCACGUGACCGAGGUUGUCGGUUCCUCUUGUUGAAGGCUCUCUACCUCUAAUCACGUUCUACGCGGACUAAGUACAUGCCCGCAGAUGAGCGGCGCUUCGUACGUUCGUUCCGGCUUUUGAAGAAAUAUGGCGGAUGUUGAGCUAGCAAAAGCCUUGAAGGAUCUACCAAAUCGAGUUCAGACCGCCAGCAAGAAGGAGCGGCGCGAGAUUCUGCAAAAUGUCGCCAGCGUAUUGUCAAACCCCGGCAUCAAUGACAAAAUUGUUAAUGGGAUCUGUAAGGUGGUAUCACUUACCUUACAUAGAUACAAAGAUAGUGCUUCUCAGUCUUACGUGAGAAACAUAAUUGUGGAACUGAUCAAGCAACAACCAGAGGCUACUAUCAAACAUAUGACAACUGUGAUUUCGGAGCAAGCUACCUGGCAUAAGAAUGUGGUUGCAACCUUGAACACUGCUAUAACUGCGUAUAUCGCAUUGAAGUGGUCGACUUUACUUAUUUUCCACGGAUAUAACGAUUUAAUUCAAAUGGAUGAGUCUUUAGCGAAGCUUAUCGAGGCACAGGCGAAUCUGUCUGCUGCGGCUUUAGCGUCGGCAGACGAGAAACUUGCCAACAAGGUGUAUACGUUGCUCGCGCACGAAUGGGUCGCUAUUACGGACAUAGAAACUUAUGUUGGACAUUUAACAAAAUUGGAGCUCGGGAACGGUGUAAUUAUUCUAGCCAGUUUACUUAUGAGACACUUAGUUGCUACGAAAAGAAAUGAUUUGGUGGAACAAUUGAAGACAAAUAUGAUAGACGUUUUUAUAAAAGUGACGAUUAGCUGUAAGAAGAAACCGGAUUUGUACGUAGUCGAUGCAGCAGUGCCACUUCUUCGGAGAUUGACUCACGAGGAAUUCAAAACUCAAUUACUUCCCGCUUUGCAAAAAGCCAUGUUGCGAAAUCCAGAGAUUAUAAUCGAAUCAGUCGGCCACAUUUUAAACGGGUUGAGUCUUGACUUGAGCCAAUACAGUCAAGAGAUAAGUAAAGGUUUAUUUGCCAAUCUACAUUCUAAGGAGGAUUUGGUCCGGGACGAAGCGGUUGAGGCGUGCCGCAAACUCGCCCUACAAUGCUCCGAUACGACGGCUGUGGAAACGCUGCUGUCGUCCGUAUUCGCGGUGUUUCACGGAUCGGAGGGCAAACUCACAGUCGCGACUCACAAGAUCUCCGUGCUGCAAGGCGCUGGCAAUCUCAGCUACAACGUGGCUUCGGGUGCUAGCGUGCAGAAGUUAGCCGAAACGGCCUGCGAGCACUUUGUCAAAGUACUCGAGACGGAGGUUCACGAGAAGACGCUGAUACACGCUCUCGAGAUGAUGGCGUUGUGGUCGAAGAAAUUUUCGUCUAGCGUACCAAAAAUUGUCGUCGACGCUUUCAAGAAGGGCAUGGCGGCGAAAACGUCGACCGCCGCAGUGCGUACUGCCUACAUCAAGCUGUUCUUCUCGACUCCCGUCGCCUCGUACUCGGGAAUAAUAGCACCAAUCCUCGUGCAGGCGAUAACCAGAGCUACGCAGCAAUGCGCGCAACCGACGGCGGUAACCGAAGGCCUGGUCGCCUCGUAUCUGAUACUCAAAUUCGUAUUGGCCGACCAGGUGGAGAACGACAAGCAGAGCGUGCUGUGGAACGCGAUAGACGAGCAGAUAUUCUUCUCUGAAAAAUUCCUGUCCACGUGCAGCGACGACAUUUUAUACCACCUCAUGCUACUCUGCGAGCGUCUUAUCACGGAAUUUUCCGACAAACUCAACGAGAAAGCUUUAACUGGGAUUCAUCGAGCGAUCGUGUCUUGCGCCACUGCCCCAAAUUCCGUGACGAGACAGCGGUGUUUUCCGCUGGUCAAGAAAAUCAUGACCGGUUUGAGUACGUACGCGCCGGCGCAGGCAUUGUUAACGGAAUUCAAUAAGUUUUUGGAAAACGUCAAGAUCAAGUCGGAAUCAGAUAAGGAGAAUAAAGAGGAAACGUCAAUGGGAGAGAUUACUGGCAGGUGCCUCGCUGACGGAUUAUUCGCCAUAUGCUCAGGUUCCUUCUUAUUCGAGGCGCACACCUAUCAGAUGACCAGAGACGCUCUGCUUCCGUCUCAUCACCCGGCUCUGCUCAAAGCCGUGCCAAACUUAUGGUUCAAGAUCGCCAAGAACUACAAUCUCGUACCAAAGGAUUUCUUACGUAGCUACAGCAACGAGGUGAGGAAGAUGUUGAUCCAGAAUUAUAAACCGGCGCCGAGCUAUGAGAACGCGCUUAUAAAAGUCGUGUCCCUCGCACCGGACGCUUUUCUACCCGCGCUAGUGUCGAACGUUACGAGCAAGCUCGACGACCCGGAGAUCUUACGAGUUACCAAGGACGAAUAUUUCACGUAUCUCAUUCCCGAGGGAGAGCUCUACGACAAGAGCGUGCUGCCCGUUAACGAUGAGAACGACAUCCUUAGCUCUAUGAAUAUGAAGAGAGAGAGUAAAGUCUACUCGUUCAAGGAGCAGCAAGAGGAACUUCAACUACGGCGCGAGUUGUAUGAGAAACGAAAGAGAGAGGGUAAAAUAAAGGAACCGAAGUUGACGCCUAAACAAGAGGAAACUAUAAAGGCGCAGAUCGCGAAGGAGAAUGGCAUUCGCAAGAGAUUGACCGAGUUGAAGGCCAAGAUAGAUAACACCGUGUCCUUAGUGGCGUGCUCGAUACGCGGCAAUCGGCAGGAGCUGUCUUUGUACUUAAAGGACCUUCUACCACCCAUUCUGAAGAACCUAGGUUCUCCGCUAGCGGCACCUGAGAUGUCGGAGCUUUACGUGUUUCUUCGUCAAACGGUGACGAUAGAUAACAGUGCGAUCCUGGGGGAUCUUAUUGCUCACGUUACACUGCGGCAAUUGCAACCGCAGUGUGACCUGGACCAAGCCUGGGAAGAAGAAAAUCUAGAUGUGGCGGUUAAAAGAACGUUGAAUCUUAUACAUUCGGUGACGAUCAAGAAGAAGGAGCUGUUCACGGCGCCCGCGUUCUGCUACGUUUUCCCUUUCAUAAGGAAGACUCUGAUAUCGUACAAGGACGAAGGCAUGAUCGUGCAGGGGCUGCAAUUGAUUCAGGAACACGCCAGGCAGAGAGGCAGUACCACCGAUUUGAAAGACCUCAGGCAUCCAAGACUGUUGCCGCGCAAGCAAAUGUUCGACCUGCUGAUCGAGCUUAUGGAGACCACGACGAGCCGAGUACAGUCUCACGCGGUGGCGACUCUGCUGGACGUUGCACAGUCCGGCAGCGGUCAACCAGGUGCGGCGAUCGCCACCAGCGAGGACAUAGACUCAUUGAUCGGCGCGUUACAGAAUUCCUUGUCGACCGUGAGGGACGCGGCUCUCAGAGGACUGACGGUGAUACAGCAGGCUUUCCCGUCCCAGAAGGAGGAUCAGGAGCAGCUCAGUAGGCUCACGAGGAGAGUGUGGAUCGCUCGGUUCGACAUGAACGACGAAAACAAGAUCCUCGCUAACGAGCUGUGGAACGCGGCUGACUUUGUUGCGCAGGCGGAGGUACUCUGCGAGGAGCUGAUCCAGGAUAUCGCUCAUCCAGUUGAACCGGUGCAGCAGGCGGCUGCGCACGCGCUAGCCCAGAACUUGACGAGCGUGCCGCAUCUGACAUCGGCCGUAUUGGACAGCUUGUUGCUGUUGUACGGGGAUAAGCUGACCAUGAUCCCGCCCAAGCUCAACGACUUCGGCCGCGUUAUCGAGCAGCCGAUCGACACGUGGGGCCCACGACGCGGGGUAGCGCUCGCCCUCGCUCAGAUAGCGCCGCUUCUCACUGCCGACACGGUGCACCGGCUGAUCCAGUUCUUCGUUCGGACCGGGCUCGGUGAUCGGAAUCAAUCCGUACGCACCGAGAUGCUCACAGCUGCUGUCGCGGCAGUCGAUCUUCACGGUAGCACCAACAUCACGUCGCUGCUUCCGGUCUUCGAGGACUUCAUGGACAAGGCGCCGAAAAUCGGCAGCUUCGACUCGAUCAAGCAGUCUGUGGUGAUUCUCAUGGGGUCCCUGGCGAGGCACUUGGAUAAGAACGAUCCGCGAAUCAAACCCAUUGUGAUGCGCCUCAUUGCGGCGCUCUCCACGCCGUCGCAGCAGGUGCAGGAGGCCGUGGCCAACUGUCUGCCGUAUCUGACUGACUCCAUCAAGGAGGACGCGCCGAAAAUCGUGGACAAUUUAAUGGACCAGUUGCUCAAGUCUGACAAGUAUGGCGAGCGCAAAGGCGCGGCGUACGGACUGGCCGGGCUCAUCAAAGGCAUGGGAAUUCUCGCACUGAAGCAACUGGACAUCAUGAGCAAACUGACCAACGCCAUCCAGGACAAGAAGAACUACAGGCACCGCGAGGGCGCGUUGUUCGCGUUCGAGAUGCUGUGCACGAUGCUCGGCAGAUUGUUCGAGCCCUACAUCGUUCACGUGCUGCCGCAUUUGCUGCUGUGUUUCGGCGACUCGAGUCAGUACGUGAGAACCGCUACCGACGACACUGCCAGAGUAGUCAUGAGCAAGCUUUCCGCGCAUGGCGUUAAACUCGUUCUGCCGAGUCUGCUGGCGGCUCUGGAGGAAGACUCGUGGAGAACGAAAACUGGAUCUGUCGAGUUACUUGGCGCUAUGGCGUACUGCGCACCAAAACAGUUAAGCAGCUGCCUACCGAGUAUCGUCCCCAAGCUGAUAGAAGUGCUCAGCGAUUCCCACACGAAGGUGCAGGAAGCUGGCGCGGAGGCGCUCAAAGUCAUCGGAAGCGUCAUCCGCAACCCGGAAAUUCAAGCCAUUGUGCCCGUGUUGCUGAAAGCUCUACAGGAUCCCUCGCACAAAACCGCCACUUGCCUGCAAACGUUACUGGACACGCAAUUUGUACACUUCAUCGACGCUCCCUCUCUAGCUUUGAUCAUGCCCGUCGUGCAGCGCGCGUUUCUCGAUCGUUCGACGGAGACCAGAAAAAUGGCCGCGCAGAUCAUCGGCAACAUGUACUCCUUAACGGACCAGAAGGACCUGACCCCGUAUUUGCCGACUAUUAUCCCGGGUUUGAAGACGAGUCUGCUCGACCCGGUGCCCGAGGUACGCAGCGUAUCGGCGAGAGCGCUGGGAGCGAUGGUACGUGGAAUGGGCGAGUCCAGCUUCGAGGAUCUGUUACCUUGGCUGAUGCAGACGCUGACCUCCGAGACCAGCAGCGUCGAUCGGUCCGGCGCUGCCCAGGGUCUCUCCGAGGUGGUGCGCGGAUUGGGAGUCGAGAAGCUUCACAAGCUCAUGCCGGAGAUCAUCAGCACCGCGGAGAGAACCGACAUCGCUCCCCACGUGAAAGACGGGUACAUCAUGAUGUUCAUAUACAUGCCGAGCGCGUUCACCACGGAAUUCACUCCGUACAUAGGACAGAUCAUCAACCCUAUCCUGAAGGCGUUGGCCGACGAGAACGAAUACGUGCGGGAGACCGCGCUGAGGGCGGGGCAGCGUAUUGUCACUCUUUACGCCGACUCGGCGAUAAUGCUACUGUUACCGGAACUGGAGAAAGGUCUCUUUGACGACAAUUGGCGUAUCCGGUACUCGUCCGUGCAAUUGCUAGGUGAUCUGCUCUACAGGAUCUCCGGUGUGUCGGGCAAGAUGUCGACCGAGACCGCGAGCGAGGAUGACAACUUCGGCACAGAACAAUCGCAUUAUGCCAUUAUCAAUGCCUUGGGCGCGGAGAGACGAAAUCGCGUGCUGGCCGGCCUGUACAUGGGUCGUUCGGACGUGGCUCUUAUGGUCCGUCAAGCGGCUCUUCACGUCUGGAAAGUGGUGGUGACGAAUACGCCGAGAACGCUACGAGAAAUAUUACCAACCCUGUUCACGCUUCUGCUGGGAUGUUUGGCGAGUACUAGUCCCGACAGGAGACAGGUGGCCGCUCGGACGUUGGGCGAUCUCGUGCGGAAAUUGGGAGAGCGAGUGCUGCCAGAGAUCAUACCGAUCUUGGAGAAGGGUUUGCAGAGUGACCAGGCUGAUCAGCGCCAAGGUGUAUGCAUAGGCCUAUCGGAAAUUAUGGCGAGCACCAACAAAGAUAUGGUGUUAACCUUCGUCAUCAGUCUCGUACCAACGGUGAGAAAAGCGUUGUGCGACCCGUUGCCGGAGGUUCGACAGGCUGCGGCCAAAACUUUCGACGGCUUGCAUUCCACGGUAGGCGUCCGCGCCCUCGACGACAUAUUGCCGGCGAUGUUGACGCAACUGAACUCUCCUGAUCCAGCGGAGGCAGAAAACACCUUGGACGGCUUGCGUCAAGUGAUGGCGAUCAAGUCGCGCGUUGUACUGCCGUAUCUAGUCCCGCAGUUAGCCUCGCCUCCAGUUAACACGAAAGCACUGUCGAUUCUGGCCAGUGUGGCAGGUGAAGCAUUGACGAGGUUCCUCCACAGGAUCUUACCAGCGUUACUCACUGCACUUUCCAGUGCUCAAGGAACGGCGAACGAACUGCAAGAAUUAGAAUAUUGUCAGGCUGUCGUUCUUUCCGUUACCGACGAGGUAGGCGUCAGGACUGUGAUGGAUCAGCUGAUGGAGGCCACAAGAGCCGAAGAUCUAUCGAAACGGCGAAGCGCCGCGACGUUGCUCUGCGCGUUCUGCCGCGACACUCGCGCCGAUUACAGCCAGUACGUUCCGCAAUUGCUUAGGGGUUUAAUUCAUUUGUUCACUGACGAGGAUAGGGACGUAUUACAAAUGAGUUGGGAGGCGCUCACAGCCGUCACCAAGACUCUGUCAUCUGAACAGCAGAUAGCGCACGUACAGGACAUCAGACAAGCUGUUCGGUUCGCGGUGUCCGACUUGAAAGGCCAGGAAUUGUUACCUGGAUUCUGCCUUCCCAAGGGAAUCACGCCGAUCCUACCAAUCUUCAGAGAGGCCAUAUUAAACGGUUUGCCGGAAGCAAAAGAACACGCAGCUCAAGGACUGGGAGAAGUUAUAAGAUUGUCCAGCGCGGCCGCGUUGCAGCCGAGUGUCGUGCAUAUUACCGGUCCGCUCAUCCGAAUUCUCGGUGACCGUUUCAACUGGAGUGUUAAGGCAGCUGUUCUCGAGACGCUUGCUAUAUUACUUGGAAAGGUUGGCGUUAUGUUGAAACAAUUCCUGCCGCAGUUGCAAACUACAUUUUUGAGGGCGUUGAAUGACAGCAAUCGGCAGGUCAGAUUGAAAGCAGCUUAUGCUCUUAGUAAUCUGAUUGUCAUUCAUACACGUGUCGAUCCCUUGUUCACUGAACUUCACACUGGCAUCAAAACAGGAGAUGAUCCAGCGAUCAGGGAAACGAUGCUUCAAGCUCUCAGAGGUGUACUGACUCCUGCUGGCGACAAAAUGACCGACCCGAUGAAGAAACAAGUAUUUGCCACGCUUAGCAGUAUGCUCGGUCAUUCGGAGGACAUAACGAGGAACGCGGUCGCUGGCUGUUUCGGUGCCCUUUUGCGAUGGUUAACUCCGGAGCAAUUAGCGAUCGCAUUUAAUGAUCAUCUCUUAUGUAACGAUACGAAUGCCGACUGGGUGCUCAGGCAUGGACGAUCAGCUGCGCUUUUCGUAGUAUUGAAAGAAUCGCCCACUACGGUGUACAAUCCUAAAGAGAAGGAUCGUGUUUGCACGGUGAUACUUUCAUAUUUGGCUGCGGACAGAGUACAGAUUGUCAUGAACGGCGUACGAGCGUGUGGAUACUUAUUUCAGCAUCUUAUGAACGAAUCGCAGCCAAUACCGCAGCAAAUUUUAUCGCCUUUUGUGAGGUCGAUGAAUAAUAACAGCAACGACGUGAAGCAGCUACUCGCCCGAGUUUGCAUUCAUCUCGCGCGUAACAUACCACCUGAAAAUAUGUCGCCCGAACUGCUCAGGGUUCUCCUGCCGAUGUUGGUGAACGGUACAAAAGAGAAGAACGGAUACGUCAAGGCGAACAGCGAGCUCGCUCUUAUCGCGGUGCUUCGGCUGAGGCAAGGCGAAGAAGAACAUCAGCGCUGCAUGACUUUCUUGGAUGCUGGCGCGAGGGAGUCUUUGUCCGACGUGGUCAGCAAAGUGUUGCGCAAAGUGCUCUCUCAACCGGAGGGCAAAAUAGAGGAAUUAGACGAUACGUUACUCACGUGAGAGAUAUUGUACUUCCCGGGGCUUAUUACGCACUAUACCCGUUCCAGUAAUCGUAUUACCCGUCAUUAUUCGCCCGACCCCUAUAAAGAAGAGAUUUAUCGUUCAUGUAUCAGCUGCAUUAUGAACAAUCUAGCUCGUUCAGCAUUGUAUCUCGAUAAACAAUUAAAGAGCGUGAAGCGGAA